CGCCCAAGGCUUGGGGGGAAUACCCUCAGUUCCCCGGCUCUUCCUAAAGGGAACCAAAGCGUGGGGGGUCGACCUGGGCCCCAGGACCUUGCCAAGUCUGGCCACGGACAGGAGAAGUGUCGUGGGCCUCAGAGAAGGAGGAAGGCUUCUGGCCACCGGGCUACCUCGAUCCUAGGCGGGUCCCCGGCCGGGUCCCGAGCUGAGGCUGAGCCGAUCCCUCCCGCGGAGCGGGAAGACGCGGGAAAGCCGGGGCGUCCUCAGCGGGGCGGGUUCUCGGAGGGGGCGGGGCUGGCUGGCCGCAGACAUCCAGGGGAGCGGAGGCGAGGCUGACGGCGAGGGGGGCAGGGGGCCGUCUCGGCUGGGGUCCCGGGCUGGGCGGGGCCGUGCAGGCGGCCGUCUCGGCCCUCCCUGGCGGGGCCCCCGCGGCCUGGGCGCCCGAGCGAACGGGCAGAGCCGCGGUCGCCGCGAGCUGUCCUGCAGCUAGACCCCGGGGAGACUGAACGCCGCGAGGGGAGGCGGCGGCUGGCCGGCCCCGCCCGCCCGAGGGUCGGACGCCCACAGACGCCCAGUCAUGGAGCCUGAACCAGUGGAGGACUGCGUGCAGAGCACACUUGCUGCCUUGUAUCCACCCUUUGAAGCCACAGCCCCAACCCUGUUGGGCCAAGUGUUCCAGGUGGUGGAGAGGACGUACCAGGAGGAUGCGCUGAGGUACACGCUGGACUUCCUAGUACCUGCUAAACACCUGCUUGCCAAGGUCCAGCAGGAAGCCUGUGCCCAGUAUAGUGGAUUCCUCUUCUUCCACGAGGGCUGGCCGCUCUGCUUGCAUGAGCAGGUGGUAGUGCAGCUGGCAGCCCUUCCCUGGCAGCUGCUGCGCCCUGGAGACUUCUACCUGCAGGUAGUGCCCACCUCUGCCCAAGCGCCCCGCCUGGCACUGAAAUGCCUGGCCCCAGGAGGUGGGCGGGUACAGGAGCUGCCAGUGCCCAAUGAAGCCUGUGCCUACCUGUUCACACCCGAGUGGCUACAAGGCAUUAACAAGGACCGGCCAACAGGGCGCCUCAGCACUUGCCUCCUGUCCGCACCCUCUGGGAUCCAGCGGCUGCCCUGGGCUGAGCUCAUCUGCCCAAGAUUUGUGCACAAAGAGGGCCUCAUGGUUGGACAUCGUCCCAGCACACUGCCUCCAGAACUGCCCUCGGGACCUCCAGGGCUUCCUAGCUCCCCGCUCCCUGAGGAGGCGCUGGGAACCCGGAGCCCUGGGGAUGGACACAAUGCUCCCGCCGAAGGUCCAGAGGGUGAAUAUGUAGAGCUGUUGGAGGUGACACUGCCCGUGAGGGGAAGCCCCAUAGAUGCCGAGGCCUCAGGCCUCUCCAGGACCCGCACAGUACCCACUCGUAAGACUACUGGAGGGAAGGGCCGGCACCGGAGACACCGGGCAUGGAUGCACCACAAAGGCCUGGGGUCUCGGGACCAGGACGGGGCACGCCCACCUGGUGAGGGGAGUAGCGCGGGAGCGUCCUCUCACUCGCCCCCAGGAGCUGAGGCUGACCCAAACACAGAGGUGCCUGUGCCGGAGGCAUCCGAGCCCCCAGCAGAGGCUCUCGGGGAGGCCUCUCAGUCCUGCCUCCUGUCAGGGGAGGCUGGGGGAGGAGUGGCCCAGGGGGCUGAAGGAGCACCUGGUACCCCUCGAAGAACAGGCAAAGGAAACAGAAGAAAGAAGCGAGCUGGCGGCAGAGGUGCUGUUAGCCGUGGAGGGGAGAGUACCCCGCUCGGCCCGAGGGACAAGGAAGAGGCUAGACAGCAGGAAGUCCUUGUCAGUCUGCCCUCGCCCCAUGAGCAGGAACCUGCAGAAUGCAGCCUGGUUAAGGAAAGAGAGGAUUCUGGGAAGCCAGAGUCUGAAUCAAAAGAGGAACUCAAGCCAGCAGAAGAAAAAGAGCCUGCCUCCCCAGAAGACUGUGGGCCUCCAGAAGAGGAGAUCAGAGAGAGUGGGCAAGAAGGGUUGCUUCCGGUGUGUAUGGCAGGACCCACAGGUCCAGAAUGGCUCCCAUCUGACCCCCCAGCCCAGCCCCUGGAGUCCAUGCAGGAUGGAAAAGAAGACAGCAUCCCAGAACAAAGCCCCCCAGUUUCCAUUUUGGAUGACCCACUUGUAGCUUGGGACUUGAUGUCAUCUGGAUUCUUCGUUUUGACUGGAGGGGUAGAUCAGACUGGGAGAGCUCUGCUGACGAUCACGCCUCCGCCUCCGUGCCUUCCUGAGGAGCCCUCACCCUCCCAAGAGACGCUGAAGACCACUCUUCGUUACCUCCACUCACUGCUCAGGCCUGAUCUACAGUUAUUGGGGCUGACCAUCCUGCUAGAUCUCCGCAAGGCACCCACACUGCCUCCAGCACUUAUGCCUACCUUGAGUCAGCUUCAGGACUCGGGCGACCCUCCGCUCAUUCAGCGGCUCGUGAUUCUCUUUCACGAAGACCCUCCAGCUGAACUCUGUGGUCUUCAGGGAGCCGAGUUGCUGUCAGAGAAGGAGCUGAAGAGAGUGGCCAAGCCAGAAGAACUACAGUGGGACUUAGGAGGUCACAGGGACCUCUCCCCCAAUCACUGGGUAGAGAUUCACCAGGAAGUGGCAAGGCUGUGCACCUUGUGUCAAGGUGUGUUGACGUCUGUACGGCAGGCCAUUGAGGAGCUAGAGGGAACAGCAGAGCGAAACGAAGAGGAGGCAGUGGGAAUGCCUGAGCCCCUUCAAAAGGUGCUGGCGGAUCCUCGGCUGACGGCACUACAGAGGAACGGAGGAGCCAUCCUGAUGCGGCUACGCUCCACCCAUAGCAGCAAGCUAGAGGGUCCAGGCCCAGCUGUGCUGUACCAGGAGGUCGAUGAAGCCAUUCACCAACUUGUGCGUCUAUCCAACCUACACGUGCAGAAGCAGGAACGACACCAACACCGGCGCCAGCUCCAGCAGGUGUUACAGUGGCUCUCUGGCCCAGGGGAAAAGCAGCUGGCCAGCUUCUCCAUGCCUGGGAACUCACUGUCAGUCUUGCAAGAGACAGAACUACGAUUCCGGGCUUUCAGCACUGAGGUGCAGGAGCGCCUAGUCCAGGCCCGGGAAGCUUUGGCUCUGGAGGAGGAUGUCCCCUCCCAGAAAGUUCUGGAUAUCUUUGAACAACGAUUGGAGCAGGCUGAGAGUGGCCUCCAUCGGGCCCUUCGGCUACAGCGCUUCUUCCAGCAGGCACAUGAAUGGGUAGACGAGGGCUCUGCUCGGCUGGCAGGAGCUGGGCCUGGUCGUGAGGCUGUGCUGGCAGCCCUGGCCCUACGGAGGGCCCCAGAGCCCAGUGCAGGGACCUUCCAAGAGAUGCGAGCCCUGGCCCUGGACCUGGGAAGCCCAGCAGCUCUUCGAGAGUGGGGCCGAUGCCGGGCACGCUGCCAAGAGCUGGAAAAGAGGAUUCAGCAGCAGCUGGGAGAGGAGGCCAGUCCACGAGGCCACCGACGAAGACGGGCAGAUAGUGCCAGCAGCGCAGGGGCCCAGCAUGGAGCCCAUAGCCCUUCACCCAGCCUCAGCUCCCUGCUGCUUCCCAGCAGCCCCGGGCCACGGGCAGCCCCAUCACAUUGCUCUCUGACUCCGUGUGGGGAGGACUAUGAGGAAGAAGGCCUUGAGAUAGCUCCAGAAGCAGAUGGAAGACCCCCAAGGGCUGUGCUGAUCCGAGGCCUGGAGGUCACCAGUACUGAAGUGGUGGACAGAACAUGUUCACCCCGAGAACACGUGCUGUUAGGUCGGGCUGGAGGGCCAGACGGGCCCUGGGGAAUAGGUACCCCUCGCAUGGAACGCAAACGAAGCAUCAGUGCCCAGCAGCGUCUAGUGUCUGAACUGAUUGCCUGCGAGCAGGAAUACAUAACCACUCUGAAUGAGCCAGUGCCACCGCCUGGGCCCGAGCUGACGCCUGAGCUCCGAGGCACCUGGGCCGCAGCCCUGAGUGCCCGAGAGAGGCUUCGCAGCUUCCAUGGGACACACUUUCUCCAAGAGCUUCAGGGCUGCGUCACCCAUCCACUGCGCAUUGGGGCCUGCUUCCUUCGCCAUGGGGACCAGUUCAACCUCUAUGCACAGUUUGUGAAGCACAGGCAUAAGCUGGAGAGCGGACUGGCUGCACUCGUUCCCUCAACCAAGGGUUCUGUGGAGGGCAGCCCCUGUUUGUCCCGGGCCCUGCAGCAGCCCCUGGAGCAGCUGGUUCGGUAUAGACAGCUGCUGGAGGAGCUCCUGAGGGAAGCUGGGCCCGAGCUAAGCUCCGAACGCCAGGCCCUCAGGGCUGCUAUACAGUUGCUCCAGGAACAAGAGGCCCGAGGCAGAGAUCUGCUCGCUGUGGAAGCCGUGCGAGGCUGUGAGAUAGAUCUGAAGGAACAGGGGCAGCUUUUGCAUCGGGACCCAUUCACUGUCAUCUGUGGCCGGAAAAAGUGUCUCCGCCAUGUCUUCCUCUUUGAGGAUCUGCUCUUGUUCAGCAAGUUCAAGGGCUCUGAGGGAGGAUCUGAGACCUUUGUUUAUAAGCAGGCCUUCAAGACCGCUGACAUGGGCCUGACAGAAAACAUUGGGGACAGCGGACUCUGCUUUGAACUGUGGUUUCGGCGACGGCGCACACGAGAAGCAUACACAUUGCAGGCUAGCUCACCAGAGACCAAAGUCAAGUGGACAAGUUCUAUUGCCCAGCUGCUGUGGAGACAGGCAGCCCACAACAAGGAGCUCCGAGUGCAGCAGAUGGUUUCCAUGGGCAUCGGGAACAAACCUUUCCUGGACAUCAAAGCCCUUGGCGAGCGGACGCUGAGUGCCCUGCUCACUGGAAGAGCCGCCCGCACCCGGGCCUCCGUAGCCGUGUCAUCCUUUGAGCAUGCUGGCCCGUCCCUUCCCGGCCUCUCACCGGGAGCCUGCUCCCUGCCUGCCCGCGUCGAGGAGGAGGCCUGGGAUCUGGACGUCAAGCAGAUUUCCCUGGCUUCCCCUCCAGCCUCAGAAACACUUGACUCUUCUGGAGAUGUGUCCCCAGGACCAAGAAACAGCCCCAGCCUGCAGCCCCCCCACCUUGGGAGCAGCACUCCCACUCUGGCCAGUGGAGGGAUCUUAGGGCUUUCCCGGCAGAGUCAUUCCCGAGCCCUGAGUGACCCCACCACGCCUCUGUGACCUAGCUUCUUGCCUCUCCCAAACCAGCUCCCUCUUCUCUCCUGGCUUCCAGAGAAGACCCAGAACUCGGCCACAGCCCCUGCUCAGCACGUUUUAGACUGGGAUGCCAAGGGGACAUAAUGAAGGACUGAAGCUCUCAAGUCCCCCCCGUGCCCCCCAGCUUCCUGGACAGAGGGCAAGGACCAGAGCUUCCCCUGCCACUGCUAUCUCUAGCUCUCCCCUGCUUGGUGCCUUCUGCUGCAGGAACCACGGUGGUGCUGUUCGCUUGCCUUUAUGCCCCGGGGGACGGGGAAGAGCCCUCUUCCAGCUUUUCCCCAGCCUGUGCUACUGCACACCCCCAGGACGCUGCUCUGCCGACAGCCCGCUUCUCUCCUCCCGACUCUCCCAGAAGAUUCAUCUCUGCCGGGUCGAAUGGAAUUCCAUUCUGGGGUGUCAUGGGAAAUGAAGUGUUGCAAGCCACUGGAGGAGGUGGGGUGGGCACUGCAGACUUUAUAUAUGUAAUUACUGUUACUGUACUAUUGUUAUAUUAAAUGUAUUUACUCUCAUUUUGCCUCCCGGGAGGCAGAGCGCGCCCCUGGA